GUGUCAGUUUCGUGGUCGGUAUUGAUGUAUCGUCGAGAUUAAGAGUGUGAUGAAAAAUAUAUUUAUUGUAGUUCAUCAUAAUUAUGAAAUGAUAGUAAGGUAAUCGAGAAGGCCGUGCAGAUCGCAGGGACUUUUCAAAUUUCUGGAAGCGCACGAAAAAAAUACGGGAUUGGGGAAUGCGAUGAACGCUCGAAAUUAACAAUGGAUGUUGUAAAUCCUACGCCACAGGAUCUUCAGAGAAAGCUCUACUUUCUCGUUGAACAAUUACAACACAUGGCCAGCGAGUUGCCUCCCAAAUAUCAAAUGCGUUUACCGUAUGAACUUCUGUCUGGACUGGCAAAUUCUUUGCUAAACGAUACUAUAUUUGAAAUAGUCAAAGGGUUGAUGGAAAUUCAACACGUUACAGAAAAACACUUGUUUCAACAGCGACUCCAGCUAUUGAAUCAACAAAAAAUUGAAGUUCAAGAGGCACUGUCCAAUUUACAUGACGAGGAAAAAUGCAUCGCAGCAAAAAUGAUUUUACAAAAGAAACACAAAGAUGAAUUGCGACAAACUGAUAUGAAACUGGUGUUGCAAUUAGAUCAAAAGGUAUCUGACCAACAAGGCAUAUUGGAAAAAGCUGGCGUUCCUGGAUUCUACGUCACCAAUAACCCCACAGAAAUUCAAGUACAGAUGAGACUUUGUGACUUCAUAAUACGGCUCAGUAAAAUGGAAAUUCCAUGUUGACCAUGCGCGUUCAAAUCUUGUCCUAUACCUAAUGAACUAGCUUAUACGGCAAAUCACGAAUGACAAUUAUACAGUAAAACAAAGUGAUCAGUAACAUUUUUAAGAAAAACUGCAAUCAGAUUUGUAUCAGAACAUCAGGCUUGUAUUUCAUGUACAGAUGUGAUGAAAAUAACGUUGAAUAGAUUUCUUUCUCUAUAGAA